AUGGUAGAUCCACAUUCGAUUUUAGCGUGGAUACAGAACUACAGACUGGAAGAAGGAACGAAACCUGCGAUGCUUGUCGAAUCGUUUGGUGCUCAAUUUACUUUGUGUGUUCGCGAAAACACAAUAAAUACCCUCUGGAAUGGUGACACAGCUAAUAAUUAUGGAGUUCUAAAGCGUUUUAAAAACUAUUGCAGUCAAAAUCCAAAGACAGAUCGCAAUGUUCAUCCAAUUCCAUUCCUUGGUUGUGGUCCUAGCACAGGAAAAAGUCGGUUUUUGCAGGAAAUCGGUAACAUUAUUCGCGAAAAAGCUCGAUUAUCAAAUGAUGAAAUUAAAUGCAUACUAGGGGAAGCUGUUUUCCUGAAUGUUACAUAUGGAAAUGGAUCAGCAGUUACAGAUUUCGAUAUGGAUAUUGGUGCGGAAGCUUCGUUAGCACUGAGAAUUCUAUACACUCAUUUCAUACAUGGCAACGAUGACAUGUCCUAUGUCCUGUUUGCACAAACUGCUAGAAAAGAAAAUGCAAAGCAAUUUGCUUUGCCUGUUGCUUUACAAGCUAUUUAUGAGUACAAAAAGAUGAAGAAGCUUGUAAUUGUUGUUGGUAUUGAUGAGGUCAACAAACUAUAUGACAAAGAUCGCACGAGGAGUUGCAACUCAGGAUCAGUGUUUUUUGUUCCAAUCUUAGCAGGUACAGUUGAGAGUCCGCCUCGAUCAAUUAUUACUAAAUCGAUGCAUCAAGCUCUUCAGUUACCAUUGCAAUUACUGGAUGCAUUUGAUAUGCUAUUAAUCGCGUGUAAUCUUGGCUUUGAUGAAGCUUUUGUUUAUCAAAACAAUCUUUUCAGACAUGCUUUGGAGAUAUUCUAUGAAUUAAUUUGUGGUGAAGCCGAAACCUAUGAAUGGGAGGACAUUGAUUUAGUAGAAAUGAUGAUCAUCCUUAAGAAAAAACUAAAGGGACGGUAUAAAUUCAAAGAAUUUGCAAACAAAAUCACUCCGAUGCUUGCAAAUGCGAUUUUAGAAAGAUCUGUUGACGAAGAUGAUGUAGUUGAUAUAGAUGGACAUGAAGUCUCAUACAAAACAUUGAAAUCCUAUGGAAUUUUGAUGCUUGAACCAGUUGACGAUGAAUUUUAUAUACGUCUUUGGGUGUGGCUUUUAAUAAAAUCAGUUCGUAACCGAUCAAUCUAUAAUUUUUGGGAUGGGCAAGAAAUUGCAAAAGGUAUUGUUGGUGAACGUAAGAAAAUUUGUUGA